GUGUAUUCAAUGUUUUAAUAAUAUUUAGUGAAUAAAUAGAUAGUGUUUAGGUAUAUUGAUUGCUCCUGUAAACUGACCCAAAAUUUUAAAACAGUGACUUUUUUAAAUUGUUUUUUGUUUUCUUUGUGAUUUGUAACACACCGGUACCUGUACUCGUCUAUUUUACAUAAGUUUAUAGAUACGACGUUAUCGACAUGUCCGGCCGAGAUAGAGAUAUUGGAAGAAAAUGGGAGUCUGGAUCAGCAAAAAGAAAAAGAAAAGCUGAAAGAACUGCAACCAACCAAGUUUUGAGUUUAAAUUUGAUGAAGUUCCUCAACCAAACUGCAUCUGGUAGUACAGAACCUUCUGAAUCGAUAGCUUCAACUUCUACACAACAAACGUCCGAGAUACCAUUGGAAAAUGCUCUAGAUGCACUGAAUACCGAGAGUGAACGUCAGUUAGACGUAGAGCUUGGAUCAUCUUCUAGCCAAUCAAAAUUUGACGCUGAAACUCUUGUGCUAUCAUCAAGCAGUCAAGAAGAACAGAUUGACAUAGAUUCUUCAAUUCGCAGCGACGACGCCAGCGCCACAGUUCAGCAAGUACUUGUUAAUUCGGAUCCGGGAUUGUGGACGUUUCCCAUAACGGAUACACAGCGUCGUGACAUAGUUCGAAGCGGCCCCACACAGCAAUUAAAUAGCGGUGAUGAAUAUUAUCCCAAAGGUGAUGAUAACAGACACUUUUCCAAUUUCUAUUUCUCGAGAAAACUAAAUAAUGGUGAAACUGGUUAGUUUAUUCCAAUUCCCAAAAUAAAGUUUACUGUUUUCCAUGCAGAUUUAGCAAUUCACAAACUCAGGUGGUGCAAGGAGGGUGUUGUGACUGGAAACAUUUAAGUAGCAUUUUACAUAGACAUGAGAAUACCAAAGAACAUAUGGCACAUAUGUUCCAAUGGUUAACUUUAGAGAAAGGAAUAAAUCAAGGCAAAACAAUAGACCAAGAAAACGAAAGGCUAAUACGUGAAUCACAAAAACAUUGGCACAACUUGUUAGAGAGAAUAAUUGACAUAAUAAAUUUUUUGGCCUCUCAUAAUCUUGCAUUUAGAGGUCACAGAGAAUCUCUCUAGACAGGUGACGGUAUUAAGAAUUCCGGUAAUUUCAUAGAUUUAUUUAAACUGAUAUCAAAAUUUGAUCCUACUUUACGUGAACACAUGAAACGCAUUAGUGACAAACAACUUUCACACCAUUAUUUAAGUCACGAUAUUCAAAAUGAAUUGAUCAUAUUGAUGUCAAAAACAGUUGCCAAUGAUAUUAUUCGUAAGGUUAAAGAAGCAAAGUAUUAUUCUUUUUUGCUCGAUUGCACUAUAGA